GCGUCGGUGGGCCUCGCGUCUGGGAGCUCUGAAGUGGUUGGAUUGAGGGUAAAGUGGGGCAAGAUGGCUGCGCACCUGUCCUAUGGGCGAGUGAACCUGAACGUGCUGCGCGAGGCGGUGCGUCGCGAGCUGCGCGAGUUCCUGGACAAGUGCGCGGGAAGCAAGGCAAUAGUUUGGGAUGAGUAUCUCACAGGACCAUUUGGCCUGAUUGCACAGUAUUCACUACUGAAGGAACAUGAAGUAGAAAAAAUGUUCACACUUAAAGGAAGUCGUUUACCGGCAGCUGAUGUCAAGAAUAUUAUAUUUUUUGUCAGACCCAGGCUAGAAUUGAUGGAUAUAAUUGCUGAAAAUGUGCUCAGUGAAGACAGACAUGGCCCAGCAAGAGAUUUCCACAUUUUGUUUGUGCCACGACGUAGUUUAUUGUGUGAACAGCGGUUGAAGGAUCUGGGUGUUUUGGGAUCCUUUAUUCAUAGAGAGGAGUACAGCCUAGACCUCAUUCCAUUUGAUGGGGACCUUUUAUCCAUGGAAUCAGAGGGUGCCUUCAAAGAGUGCUACCUGGAGAGCGACCAGACAAGCCUCUAUCACGCAGCCAAGGGGCUCAUGACCCUGCAGGCCCUGUACGGGACGAUCCCACAGAUCUUUGGGAAAGGAGAGUGCGCCCGGCAAGUGGCCAAUAUGAUGAUCAGGAUGAAGAGAGAGUUCACAGGAAGCCAAAAUUCAAUAUUUCCUGUGUUUGAUAAUCUGUUGUUGCUUGAUCGAAACGUGGAUUUAUUAACUCCUCUUGCCACUCAGCUUACGUACGAAGGACUCAUCGAUGAAAUUUAUGGCAUUCAAAACAGUUAUGUGAAAUUACCCCCAGAGAAAUUUGCACCUAAAAAGCAGGGUGAUGGUGGUAAGGAUCUUCCCACCGAAGCAAAGAAGCUUCAGCUGAACUCUGCAGAGGAGCUGUAUGCUGAGAUCCGAGAUAAAAACUUCAAUGCGGUGGGCUCUGUGCUUAGCAAGAAAGCAAAGGUGAUCUCUGCAGCAUUUGAGGAAAGGCACAACGCUAAGACAGUUGGGGAGAUCAAGCAGUUUGUUUCUCAGUUGCCCCACAUGCAGGCAGCAAGAGGCUCACUUGCAAACCAUACCUCGAUUGCAGAGUUAAUCAAAGAUGUUACUACUUCUGAAGAUUUCUUUGAUAAAUUAACAGUGGAGCAGGAGUUUAUGUCUGGAAUAGACACUGAUAAGGUCAACAGUUACAUUGAGGAUUGUAUUGCCCAAAAGCAUCCUCUCAUCAAGGUGUUAAGACUAAUUUGCCUCCAAUCUGUGUGUAAUAGUGGACUCAAACAGAAAGUCUUGGAUUAUUACAAAAGAGAAAUUCUCCAGGCCAAAUGGCUUCUCUUGCAGACCUAUGGCUAUGAGCACAUACUGACCUUAUCCAACCUAGAGAAGGCUGGCCUCCUGAAACCACAGGCAGGGGGCAGAAACAAUUACCCAACAAUCCGGAAAACAUUACGCCUCUGGAUGGAUGAUGUAAACGAACAAAAUCCCACGGACAUAUCCUAUGUGUACAGUGGUUAUGCACCUCUAAGCGUGCGGCUUGCCCAGCUGCUUUCCCGGCCUGGCUGGCGAAGCAUCGAGGAAGUUCUCCGCAUACUCCCCGGGCCCCACUUCGAAGAGCGACAACCACUGCCCACAGGACUGCAGAAGAAGCGUCAGCCUGGAGAAAACCGAGUCGCUCUGAUAUUUUUCCUCGGGGGCGUAACUUUUGCCGAAAUUGCUGCGCUGCGGUUUCUCUCGCAGUUGGAAGAUGGAGGUACAGAAUAUGUAAUUGCCACCACUAAACUCAUGAAUGGGGCCAGCUGGAUAGAGUCUCUAAUGGAAAAACCUUUCUAGGGCAUUCAGUGUAGACUUAACCGGUGAACUGCAGAAUAAACUGCCCCUUUGAAGAAGUUACUGAAGGAAGUGAAACCCCACAGAAGAAAAACACAGGAAUACAGAAUUUCCUUUGGGGUCAACUUCUGAGUUGAUACUGUUUUCUCCUUUCUGCUUCUCUUUUGUGAAACUAAUUUCUCAAAGAAAGAAUGGAAGAAGAUCGACCCGGGCAAAAGAAAGGGCAGUUUUUAAUGUUCUGAGCUCCAGAUCGUCAUUAGAGACCUGGGAACCUGUUAAGGGCGGCAGACAUGGAUAAUCUAUGCAGGCGCACAAAACGGGGCCAAUUCUUGAGGGAGGACCGAGGAGGCACAAGUGAAAAGAAAAGUGGGAAGCCCCACCCCUGAUCAAUAGUGCUGUGUUUCCGAAGCCGUGGGUAAGCGUUGGGGGCUAGGGCUGCCGUUAGCACUGAGUCAAGAUUUCGUUUUCCUGCACAGUAUGGCACAUUAUAUUUAGUGUCUCCGGUUUCUGCCAUAUCUUAAUCAUUAAGGCAAGUUUUAAUUCCUCUGCUUCUUUAAAGCAAGAAGUUUGAAACCACGUCUUUUCCCAAAACAAAGUUUAUCAUCUGUCUUAA